UGCAAAUACACCUGCCCGGACGGAAACAAGUGCUCCAGUCACGAGCGGAUCAAAACCACCCUGAUCCAUGCACAUUAUUAUCAAUUCUUCGUUAUCACUAUAACACAUUUUUCGGUUGAUGCUCUUAUCAUUUUUGGACAUAUCAUAAAAUAAUUAAAAAAAUUAAAAAAAUCAAAAAAUACUUUUAUAUAAUUUUUAACGUUUUAUUUUGCAAUAUGGAUAAAAAUCAAAAGGGUGAAAACUGUUGCCAUAUAUGUAACAAAAAUUUUGCUAGAUCCACAACGUUACGCAGACAUAUCGACGAUAUACAUAAAAUACCUGGAACUUGUUCAGAGUAAGUUAUGAAUAAAAAACUAGGGAACUAUCUCGAACAUUGAGUAGAAUACUUACUGGUGGUGGUAUUUUGCAAAUAUGAACUCAAUUAACUAAAAAUUUGUGUUUUGCAUUUAUUGAUUUUUUAUGGUAUUUUUUGUUAUUUUAUGUGUAUUUGUAUUGUCAAAACAAAAUGUGGAAAAAUUUUGUCAAAAAUGUAACAACAAUUUCGCUAGAUCCACAACAUUCAACGUUACGCAGACAUUUUGACGGUAUACAUAACACCUGGAACUUGUUCAGAGUAAGUUAUUAAUAAAAAACUAGGGAACUAUCUCGAACAUUGAGUAGGAUACUUACUUGUGGUGGUAUUUUGCAAAUAUGAACUCAAUUAACUAAAAAUUUGUGUUUUGCAUUUAUUGAUUUUUUAUGGUAUUUUUUUGUUAUUUUAUGUGUAUUUGUAUUGUCAAAACAAAAUGUGGAAAAAUUUUGUCAAAAAUGUAACAACAAUUUCGCUAGAUCCACAACAUUCAACGUUACGCAGACAUUUUAACGGUAUACAUAACACCUGGAACUUGUUCAGAGUGCAAUAAAACAUUUCUGGACCUAAAGUCUCUUAACCAGCAUAUUCGAACUGAACACAAUCAAAGGGACAAUUCAUUGAAGGAGUGUUGCAAGCUAUGUGAUGUUAAAUUUAGCAAUAAAAGCAAUUUAAUCAAACAUAUGCGCCAAGUUCAUCCGGCUGAAAAUGAUUAUAAAAGCCUUGCGUCGUUGAAAUGUCCUUUAUGUGAGUCAACAUUUAAUGCUACAUCAAAGCUUCACGAGCACAUUGAAAUAGACCAUGAUGUACACUUGGAGGUUGUGUCUAAGGUCUUUGAAUCUGUUGACGAAUUUAAAAAAUGGAAAAGUGUCAUUGAAAAAGAAAAUCUUGCUUUUUUUACCAUUAAUCGAGUUAAUGGAAAUAGAUCAUACUAUGGAUGUCAUAGAUCAGGAUCAUCCCGGUUAACAGGCACGGGCAAAAGACUGAAAUGGUCACAUUCCAGUAAAAUUGGUUCAAGAUGUCCUGCUCGAAUAGUUGCAACUAAUAUUGAAGGCCGCAUUACAGUAGAUUAUUGCAAGACACAUGUGGGCCAUUCCAAGUCAAUUAAAUUUUUACAUUUGACUAAAGAGGAACGUGAUGAACUGGCUGGCAAAAUAAAAAUUGGAGUGACUUUUGAUCGAAUCCUAGAUGACAUCCGUGAAUCAGUAGUGUCGAAUGAGAAUAUUCACCGCCUGCAUAUUGUCGAUAAAAGAGAUUUAUAUAAUAUUGUUAGAGACUAUGAAUUGGAUAGGGAUGUAGUACAUAAGAAUGAUGCAUUCAGCACUGAGAUGUGGGUUCAAGAACAGAUGGCACUCGGAGAGGACUCACCUGUUUUAUAUUUUGAAAUGCAAGGAUGCGAAAAAAACGAUGAUCUCUUAAAAGAUGAUUUUAUGCUUGUAUUAAUGACAAAAUAUCAGCAAGAUGUAUUAUCAAAAUAUGCUAUUGACAAAGUUUGCAUAGACAGCACUCAUGGGACAACUGAACAUGACUUCCAGCUCACAACAAUGCUUACCAUUGAUGAAUUUGGAGCUGGAUGUCCAGUGGCUUUCUGUAUCAGCAACAGGAUUGAUUCUGUAGCUAUUUCUCAGUUUUUUAAAUCUGUAAAGGGAAAAAUGGGUCUUAUUCCUGCCAAAAUAUUGAUGUCUGAUGAUGCUCCAACAUAUAUCAACUCCUGGACAAAGAUAAUGUGCAAGCCUCAACACCAUUUAAUUUGCAACUGGCAUAUUGAUAGAAGCUGGAGAAACAACCUCAAUAAAAUACCAGACCCAAUGAAGCAGUCUGAAGUAUAUAAAGCUUGCCGCACACUCAUGGAAAUUUUGGAUGUUGAACAAUUUCAUGAGUCUUUAGAAAGUUUUCUGGCAAUGUGUAAAGAUGAUAUUGACACUCAUAAUUUUGGUGCUUACUUUGAAAAACACUAUGCUCAUCGACCUGAGCAGUGGGCAUUUUGCUAUCGAAGUGAUCUCGCCUUGAAUACUAAUAUGUUUUUAGAAGCCAUGCACAAAAAACUUAAAUAUUGCUACAUGCAUGGAAACCAGAACAGGCGAGUCGAUAAAUGUAUUAGCUUUCUAAUGCGCUUUUCUAGAGACAUGAUGUUUGAACGAAUCAUUCGCAUGGCAAAAAAUAAGCCUACAUUCCGAAUGGAGCAAAUUGCCCACAGUCAUCAUCGUAGCAACAAAAUUGAGGACAGCAAAAUAAAAAUAAUUGACCAGAAAACAUGGCUUGUACAGUCAUCUUCUGGGCCAACAUUAUAUUCUGUGUCGAUUAAUGACCAUAGAAGUUGUAUGGGCUGUCCUCUGUCAUGCCCUGAAUGUAAAAUAUGUAUUCAUUAUUACACAUGUACAUGCAUCGAUUUUAAAAUUAAGGGGAACUUUUGCAAACAUGUUCAUGCUUGUGUACGCAUAUCUGAUAAAAAACAAACCUGUUUAACUACGAAUGAAGAAGUAACAACCUCAGCCUUUGAAAGUCAUAAUAACAGUGUUGUAAUGGGAUCACAGGAACAACCAACUCAUCUAAGAGAUGCUGUGUCAGCUUCUAGUCAAUUAACAGCUUUACUUAAUGCUGCAUUAGGAAUUGCUAGUUCUGCUACAGAUGAAGGCAAACUUAAAGCCUGUAAAAAAAUAGAAGAAGCUAUUCAGAUUUUACAAUCAAAUAAAAAUGUGUCUGAAAACUCAAACUCAUCUGGGCCCCAUUUCUCAGAAUUACCUGACAUGGCAAGUCACAGAAAUAUAGAUCAACAACGUUUUAAUUCAACAAGAAAGAAACGAAAAUUAACCAGUGGUAGACUGUCAAAACCAACUGAAAAAGAAAAGGUGUCUAUUAUAGAAGCUAUUAAUAAUACAAAUAGAACUAGCCAAGUUGUAAAUACUGAAUAUGAUCAUAAAUAUUAUAAUCAUAAUAUAUUAUAAUAACUAAUUUAAUAUUAUCUUGUAAAUAUGACAGUUGUUUUUGUAACAUAACUAUAUAUUAUAAUAUAUAUAUUAAGUGAUAGAAUAGUAGCUUUUCAUUUAAAUUAUU